CGGGAAAAGUACCUAUUGUCACAGAAGCAGUUUAAUGAUGAUUAUCCAGCUGCCUUUGUGUUCAAACUCAUCUGCAAACUGUCCCUCAGCUGAUAUCCUCCACUGAAGUGUUUUUGUGUGUUUCCUCUCAGGCACGAUAAGUACCAGACGCAGUACCGAGCCAUGUUCGUGAUGAACUGCAUCGUGAAGAGAGACGAGGUGUUGCGCUACAAAAUCCAGCAGGACCUGAAGCGCAGCAAGAGGAAGAGGAGGAGGGGACAGAGAGCAGAAACAGAAAGCAUAGCUGACGAGACUCCGGAGCCUCAACCCGCGGGGAUGAACUCUGAGGAGGUCUACCACCCCGUCUGGUGCACAGAAUGCUCCACAGAAGUCGCCGUUUUCGAUAAAGACGAGGUCUACCACUUCUUCAACAUCCUGGCCAGCCACUGCUGAGACACACCGGCAGGGAGGCUUUUAUUUCAGGGGGUUUGUCCGUGACCGUUCACCUCACUGCAGCUUUUUUAGCUACAGGAUUGAAGAAGAAGAAGAAGAAGAAGGAGGAGGAGGAGGAGGACUGAUGAUUUCUGGCUGAGAGGGCAGAAUCAAAUUCGAUGUAGACACUGAGUUGAUAUCAUCGUUGGUUUAUUCAACCUGCUUGAAGAGACGGAAACAAUCUGAAUAGCUUGGGAGUGUCAGCGGGAUAUCAUCGAUGUGUGACCUUUUUAAAUAUCUCACAGAAACUGGAAUUUGACGCAGCUCCUACGAUCAGUACUGGACCGCAUAAAUAAAACCCACAUUUGAGGCAGAAGCGUUUAUUAUUACUUGUGAUAUAUUGAUUGAUACUCAAUUUGUUUUAACACCACACUCAACCCUUUUUGAUAUGGCUCGGUAACUUGGCUAUUUGGCAUUCAUAAUCAGUAUAUACAUAAUAAAUACAUGAGGACGGACACUCCAGUUGUAAUCAUUUAAAUAUGCCUUCAGAGGAGAGUUUAUAAUUGUUGACACAAACUGUCCUUAAUAAACACUUAAGAAUGUCCUUAUAGCUGCUUAACACUACAUUAUGGGAUGUUAUGUAUGACAGGUGUUUGUUCUGCUUAUGAAUGGCAAAAAGAGGGGCUUAAAGUGCGUUGCCUAGAAACCAUAUAUUUUUUAAAGAAUUGUGAACAACGUGUACUGAGAGGGAUAUUCUUUACUUCCUAAUAAACCUGCAAGUGCAUUCUGUUUAA